UCUUUGUUGCUAUUAGAAAGUUUUUAUAAACAUUGUGACGCAGACGGGAAUAUCUGAAAAUUCAGUUCGCUGUGUUCUGUUUCAGCGAGCGGCGUUCGGUUUAAAAAAUAUACAGCGCGAUUCUGCCGCCACAGCAGCAGCUGGAACUGAAGCUUCAGUAUCUCGAUCCUCUUCGUCACGCUCGGAAGUCGCUAUUUAUAUUAACUGCGUUGCAUUAUUGAAUUAACGUUGAAUGAUUUGCUAAAUCCGCUAUCAGUAAUCCACUGAGACAGACGAAUCGUUAAUUUCCGCCAGAGAUAUGCCGCGCGAUGAUACUGAGGGCCUGGUGGGCAAGGUGGAGGAUGCACCGAUCCCAGAGCCACGCAGUCUGAACCCUGCCGUAAUAUCUCCGUCCAGCAACACCGAGGCUCCCCCACCCCCGAAGCAUGAUCGUAGAAGUUACCGCUGGUUCAUCCUGGAGCCCGCAGUUUUUCUCAUCUUCUUCGCUAGAUAUUUAAUUGGGGCGGUUUACCAAAAUCAAAUCCUCUACCAGACCUGUGUCACCAUCAUGGAGUUUAAUGCCACGGAAUGCGAGCCGUUGCUGGGCAUUGAUCGUGGAACGGAUGAGGUUAAAAAAAUUGAAGUUGUAGUACAAAAAUAUUCUGCGAAUAUUAUGAUGGCGACUUCUUUAUUGGAGAGCAUAAUACCGGCCUUUGUGAGCCUGUUCCUGGGUCCCUGGUCGGACAAGUUUGGGAGGAGGCCCGUUCUCCUAACUACUUUUACAGGCUAUCUUACCGGCGCCUGUAUACUAAUUGUUAUAACUUGGAUAACAAUGUCUACCAACAUUAGCCCUUGGUGGUUCCUGUUGUCGUCGGUUCCUUCGGUCUUGAGUGGGGGAACGUGUGCCUUGAUCACAGGAAUCUAUUGCUACAUAUCUGAUGUGACCGAGAACGAAAAGAGUUUUAGAAUGGUUCUUAAUGAGGCUUCUCUGUGCACGGGCAUGAUGGUGGGUAAUGUGGCCAGUGGUUACAUUUAUGCUGCCACGAAUGCCGUCACUCUAUUCGCCAUUGCUGGUUCCCUGAUGGCUCUGGCCUUGGCGUUCGUCUUUCUAUUUGUUCCUGAGAGCUUAAAUCCUGCGAAUAUUCACAGUGGUUCCCGAAUGCGAGAGUUCUUCCGCUUUGAUUUGGUGAAAGAUCUCGUCUACACUGCCAUUAAAAGACGACCCAAUUUCGAUCGGGCCAUUAUUUGGCUGACAAUGAUUGCCCUGACAAUAGCCAUAUUCGAUAUGGAGGGCGAAGGAACUGUCAACUACAUGUUCAUGCAGGAGAAGUUCAACUGGACCAUCAAGGACUUUAGCCUUUUCAACGCAUCCCGUAUAGUGAUUCAGAUCGUGGGCAGUAUUGUUGGCAUGAUAAUUCUCCGUCGCAUCCUAAAAGUGUCAAUUGUUUCUAUGGCUAUGCUGUCCCUUGCCUGCUGCGUUUUGGAAAGCACAGUACGAGCGACUGCCGUUUAUUGGCAGGAAAUGUACCUGGGAAUGACUUUGGGAAUGAUGCGCGGCGUCAUGGGGCCCAUGUGCCGUGCUAUUCUCUCGCACGUUGCACCCAUCACGGAAGUUGGAAAAAUAUUCGCCUUGACCACCUCUAUGGAAUCUGUUUCGCCACUGGGAGCUGCUCCUCUCUACACAAUAGUGUACAGGAAAACAGUGGAAUAUUAUCCGGGAGCUUUUAAUUUUAUCAGCGCGGCACUAUACUUUCUGUGCUACAUUCUCAUAGCUGUGAUUUUCGGCAUCCAGAAAACGUUGGUCAACACCAGUGUUUACCAGGCCAUAGGCAGUUAACCAUAUCCGUUGAGAUCGAAUUGGAUAAAUGUAUCUCAUAGUUUGAAUUCCGUCAGACCACUCUCAAUCAAAAAGUUUUGUAUACAUCAGAUUUGUGUUUGUAUCCCCUGUAUUUUGUACAAGUAUUAUAAUAAUUUUUUAUCUGAAUGCGUGUAUCUGUACCGAUGUUUUUGCUAUCUGACUGUGUUUUGCAUGUGCAAGCAUUGUAAAGUUAAGAGUAAUAUAAAAUAUAACUUAAAGUAUGCAGUGGGACAAUAAACUGUAAAUAGACGAAAUAA